UUUAACCAAACAGCCACACUAUUAUUUAAAAUAAUGCCACACUAUUAUUCGACAAGGACAGUAUAUUUCUGACGUCACAGAAAAUGUUUCACUAAUUUAAGUCACCGUGUACUGUUUUCUCUCUCCCCAUUGUUGUUCGAGGACCCUUGUGGAGGAAAUACAAAUGUGAAUAGAGAAAAGACAUGAAUGGCAUCCAUCAAGAAGCUGCUAAACUGUGCAGAGAGGGCGACAAAAUAUUGUUUUCUGGUGAUCCUGGAAAAGCUGCAGCUCUGUACACCCAUGCUUUCCAAAACCAUGCCGGAUCGGCUGUGGCACACAUGCGCGGUCUCCACCCGUGCCGUUUGGAGGAGGUGAUCUCGAUGCUGGAAGCCUGGCUUAAUGUAGUUUCCCCUAACUCAAUUGAGGGGCUUAGCAAAGGUCUUGUGGCUGUAUUCCUGUCCACGUUAUGCCCCAAUAAUAUUUCUGCUUCUGUUUUUAAAAUGGAGUCUGUCCUGCAGGGAGCAGGUCAUGGUUCGGAUGAGAUCUUUGCGCGGUGCUCCACUCUUUUAGAGGGAAAAAAAAUGUCCAGACCAGGAGGCCAAACACGGUUAGUUCUAGAGCUCACAAGAGCACUGGCCUGCUUGCUUUCAGACCUGCGAAAUCCCGAAGGUCCUCAGCUCUAUCUGCAGGCCUUUCAUGGAAAUAAAUCGGAAACCAUUAGACUUGUCAAAGAAAGGCAAAAGCAGCAUGUGCCUGUAAUAAUUAAAGCUUUUUACCAGCAAAUGUCGCAGAGAUAUUGUAUUUUCAGUGAUAAGCACCAAUUGGAAAGUUCACUGGAAAGUGAACGUAUUGAUCCCUAUGAAGCGGUUGAAUUUUUGCUUGCCGUUUCACCAGAUGACAUCCAAAUAAGAGAGCUUCAAGCAGCAGUUUUGUUUUCAUCAGAAAGGUUUGUGGAAAGUGUGGAUGCUUUGACCCUGACUCUUCAACCCCAAACCAAGACGAACACAUGUAAUGGCUAUCUGGAGCAUCCGAUGUCACCACAGAAAAGAGCUAGUUUAAUGGUGGGCCGGGCAGCCGCCCUUUUCUCAGCAGGCGGGAGAGCAGAUGAAGUCUGCAAAGACCUCAGUGAUGCUUUUGGACUUCACCCAGCGGCCGCGAGACAGCAGUUCCAACGCCUUUUCUCAGACAGUGACAUAGGGGUGGCAGCUUGCAUCCGACUACGUCAACAGGCAGAGAAAGGUGUGACAGAAUUCAGAGAAGCUAUUCUUACGAGGCCCGACCUGCGCUUGAACAAAGGAGUGGAGUUGUUGGAUCCCGUCAUUGCACAGUUACGAACUCUCUGUCACUUAGAGUCAGGUGGAGGAGGUAGGGAACUGCGCGUACGUUUGGCAGAUUGUCUCCUUAUGCGUGGGGAACAUAGAGAAGCCCUUUCCAUAAGCAGCCAGCUAGCCACCGCAGCCCCGGCCCAACAAAGCUAUCAGAACACGGUGCAAGUCCUAAGAGGGUUUUCCCAUCUCUUUACCGACGACCAAAAAAGCGCUCUUGAGGAUUUCCAGGCCGUAAUUGAGCACAAUGCUCCUCAUCCCCCCAGCUGCGUGCGUGCACUAUGUGGUAGGGGUAUCCUCCGUAUGAUGGACGGCUCACAUUACCUGACGGCUCUGGAUUAUAUCACAGCGAGCCGGUUACAGCUGCAGGACACGGCUUUAACCGUGAGGUGCCUGGUACCGUGGAAUUACCGUGGUUUGCUGUGCACCGUGUUGCUGGAACAGGGGAGAGCUAUGCUUGAGGGAACCGGCGAGCAGAAAGCUGACUCAGAUCCCAGAACACAACAAGUACAGGAACACGAGCACAGCAACAACAGUCAAAGGAUUGCAGUUGGUGUGCACGCUCUCGCCCUUCUACUAACCGAGCUGCAACCUGGUGCAGAUGGACCUCAGAUUCUUACAGCAGAUGCUUUGUACAAGCUGGGUCGGGUUGAGGAGGCUUACCGGCUUCUCCUUAACAUUGAGCGCACAGCUCCACGGCCUCCUGUUCUCGCCCGCCUAGCGAUACUGCAGCUGCAUCGCGGCUUCCUUUACGAUGCCUAUCAGCUUUUGAAAAAAUUUAUUAAUUCUGGAGACACUAGCUGUCUGCGCCCACUUCUCUCCGUAACAUCUACGCAAGACCGAGUCCUUUUGGAAAACCAUUGUCACAAUGCCUCAAAACGUAUUCUGUGUGGCCAACAAGCAGAAACUGCCAUUAGGGAAGCUGUGGCCUAUUUGUCCAUCGCCAUUAUGGCCUCAGGUGGUGGAGCAGUAGAUUCACUGCUGGAGAGAGCAAGAUGUUAUGCUUUACUGGGCCAAUGGAAGACGGCAAUCUUUGACUAUACUACCAUCCUAAAGGAGCACACAGAUCAUGUGCAGGCUUUGUGUGGCAGAGGAUUCACUUAUCUUAUGCUAAACCAGCAAAAGGAAUGCACUCAAGACAUACUGGUUGCCCUACAGUCCGAUGCUGAAGAGGUCACUCGGAGCAUGCUGUCCCUUAAAGACAAAGCCCGAAAACUCAUUAGUGAAUGGUUGGGCCAACACUGUCAAAGCAGCCUAGCAGAGAUCCUAUUGGCCAACCCUGUACCCUGCAGGGAGGAGCAUCUUCGUGAGGCCUUUUUGAUUGGUGGAGCACUAAUGAACACUGACUGCAGGGAACCUAGGUGGCACCUCCUGUACAUAGACACACUACUUGCCAAAGGGGAGGUGAAUGCAGCAGGUGGACAUCUUAAGCAAGUGUUUGGUCAGGAGCCUAGGGAGGCCACAGCUAAAGCCAGGUGGGGUGUGGUAAAGGCCUGGGACCAGGACUACACAAUGGCAGCCGACUAUCUGAGUGAGGUAGCUGAGAAAGAACCAGCAACACUGGACUUUCUGAUCGGUCUUAUGCAGAUGUCUCAAAGGAAACGAGUGGCAGAGGUAGCAUCUCAGCAGGCCAGCAGUGUUUCCCAAAGCGGCAAGUGGGAACACGCUUUAGCCCUGCUGACGUUGGCAGGACGAGCGGUCAACGAUAAGAAGCUUCGCUAUCUUAGGCAGCGUGCAGCCUGUCUGUCGCACCUUGGCCUUCAUGAAAGGGCUGUGUAUGAUCUCAACAAGGUCAUCGAAGGUCACAGCUAUGACAAUGGCGAGGAACAUGCGAUCAGGACAGAGGACCUGUGCCGCAGAGGCCGCAGUCUCCUGCUGUGCCGCCGCGAAGAGUCCAGCUUACAAGACUUUUCUCAAGCCCUGGACCUGCAUGAGGAACAGGCUUUGCUGUGUGUGGAGGCUGGCCCCGGAAGACAACGGCUGGCUGAACUGUUUCUGCGCUUUGCCCUGCAGCACUUUGGAGAGCAGCAGCUUGACAAGGCUUGGCUUCUGACAGAGAACGGACUUAAAGUAGAGGGCGAUCAUGCAGAAUUGCGUAGGCUGAAGGCUAGAAUCAAACGAGAGGUCUCAGGUCCAUGUACAGUCCACUAGAGAUUACACAUACUGAGAUGAUUCAUUAUGACAGCUAAUGGAAAGUCCCUUGAUGAUGAUGAGAAUUGCAGCUUUGGGUUAUGGUCAUGAAAAUGUAUGAUGAUUGAAUCGGCUUUUGUAAGACACAUGGGUUUAUUCACGUCACCGGGGCCCCAUUUUGGAGUUAUCACUGAUAUUGAGCUGUGAACUGAAAGUAUACAGAGCGGUACAGUAAAGACCAAUUAAAUCAUCAUACUGGAGAAACAGAAGUAAAACAAGUAUACAUACGAUACCGAAAAAAUCUCACUAAAGAUAUCAGGAACCGUGACUUAUAUAAUUAAUAACACAGAUCCUGCAAAUAGUCGAGUGCCCCUGUAUUGCUGUCUUCAACCAAAUCUUUCGAUAUUGCUAUCUUUUUUUAACAUUUACAGACACAGUACAUUGUAGACA